CCAGCUCAUCACACCAUGAAAAAAACGCACACCGCCACGUGGCAAGCACUUAACCUCCCCGCCUUUUUCACCAUUCAGUUAAAGGUUUAAAAUAAAAGAAAGAGAGAUGAAAUAGAAGAUUAUAAAAAGAGUGAAGUGCUUCAUUCAAAGGUGCCUUUGAUGGAUGCAUUGCUGGAAUUUCAGCAAUGGCCGUUACUGUUCAUCUCCCUUCUGAUUUUUCCCUCUACUUUUCUUUUUCUCAAAUACCAAAAGUGGAGAGCUCAAUUCAAUUCACCACCGAAGUCAUUGGUUCAACGGUUGUGGCUUGUGGGAAGUUAUUGGGUGAGUUGAGAAAGCAUGGGAAAUGGAAAUAGGCAGGGGAGGAGGAAGAAGAGGAGGAGUUUGAAGAACAUGAUGCAGUGCCUGUGCUCAGGGGAGCAGUUGAGACGAGAAGGAGGCAUGGAUGAGAUGGCAGUUCCUUCGUCAUCGGAUUCUCUUGCCACUAAGGACUAUUAUUCGGCCACGACCGGCAGCGGCCGUUCUGGACAGGAUGGACAACUUCAAAGGAGGCUGGAUGCAGGAAAUAUCGAAGAAGCUGAAUCGUCGUUGCGUGAGGCCGGCUGCUUGAAUUAUGAGGAAGCUAGAGCUCUGUUAGGAAGAUAUGAAUAUCAGAAAGGGAAUAUAGAAGCUGCUUUACAUGUUUUUGAGGGAAUAAAUAUAGACUCUGUGACUCCAGAGAUAAAAAUUUCUCUUGCCAAAAUAAAAGAGAACCAUAGGAGACAUUCCAAGAAUUAUGUUCCGCCGCCAAUGUCUGUACAUACUGUUGGCACACUGUUUGAAGCAGUUUUCCUUAAAGCACAAUGUUUGCAGGCUCUGGGAAGGUUUAAAGAAGCUGCCCAAUCUUGCAAAGUUAUUCUGGACAUAGUUGACUCUUUGUUGCCUGAAGGCUCGUGUAAAAACUUUGGUGCUGAAUGUAAAUUGCAGGACACUGUAACUAAGGCAGUUGAGCUACUUCCAGAAUUAUGGAAACUUGCUGAUUGUCCACGUGAAGUUAUCAUGGCUUACCGACAGGCUCUCCUACGUCGGUGGAACCUUUCCUCCGAGACCAUAGCAAAGAUUCAGAAAGAAUUUGCUGCUUUUCUUCUUUAUAGCGGAGCGGAAGUAAUCCCCCCAGAUCUCCGUUCACAAAAGGAAAACUCAUUUGUGCCCAGAAACAACAUAGAAGAGGCUAUACUAAUUUUAAUUAUUUUGCUAAGAAAAGUCUCUUUGAAUGAAAUUGAGUGGGAUCCUUCAAUUUUGGACCACCUUUCAUUUGCUCUGUCGGUUUCAGGGGAUUUGACAGCUUUAGCCAAUCAAUGGGAAGAAUUGCUUCCUGGGACUAUUAAUCGAGGAGAAAGAUAUUAUGCUCUUGCUCUUUGUUAUUAUGGUGCUGGUCAAGACCUGGUAGCAUUGAAUCUUCUUAAAAAAUUAUUAAGUAGCAACGAAGAUCCAAAACAUGUUCCAGCUUUGUUGAUGGCUUCUAACAUUUGUUGCAAGAACCCCAAUCUUGCAGAAGAUGGGGUCAACUAUGCUCGCCGAAUGCUAGAGAACUUGAAUGGCAGAUGUGACCAGUUGGAAAGUCGUGCAAAUUGCUUACUUGGUAUUUCACUUUCAGCACACUCAAAAAUAGCUGUUUCUGAUUCCGAGCGGAUUCGGAGACAGUCCGAGGCACUUCAGUUUCUGGAAACUGCAAGGAGAAUGACUAGAAUGAGAGACCCAUUUAUAUUGUACUAUCUUAGUUUAGAAUAUGCAGAUCAAAGGGAGUUGGAUUCUGCACUUCAUUAUGCUGAGUGCUUUCUGGAACUGGAAGCUAGGGCUAGUAUUAAAGGGUGGUUGUUGUUAGCCCGGAUAUUAUCAGCACAAAAACAGUUUUUGGAUGCUGAAUCUGUUGUUAAUGCUGCUUUGGAUCAGACUGCAAAAUGGGAUCAAGGAGAACUGUUGCGAACAAAAGCUAAACUGCAAAUUGCACAGGGCCAGUUAAGGAGUGCCUUUGAGACAUAUGUUCAGCUUCUUUCUAUUCUUCAUAUUCAACAGAAAACUUUUGGUCAAUGGAAGAAGCUGUGUAAGGAUUCUAGAGAUCAUGCUUGGAACUUGGAAGUGGAAUUAUGGCAUGAUCUUGCUUAUGUCUAUAUAUCUCUGUCAUGUUGGCAUGAUGCAGAGAUGUGUCUUUCUAGAUCUAAAGCCAUAAAACCAUACACUGCAUCAAGGUUGCAUGCACUGGGUACAAUGCACGAGGCAAAGGGCCUUUACAAGGAGGCUCUAAAAGCAUUUCGAGAUGCUUUGGAUAUCGAUCCGGGACAUGUCCCUAGCUUGAUAUCCUCUGCUGUGGUUCUUAGACAGUUCAAUGGUCAGUCAAAUGCUGCCAUCAGAAGCUUUCUGAUGGACGCACUACGGCAUGACCGGAUGAACGCUUCUGCAUGGUACAAUCUUGGCAUUCUUCACAAGGCCGAGAAUAAAAUAUCAGAAGCUGCAGAAUGUUUUGAGGCAGCAAACUCCCUAGAAGAAUCAGCACCAGUUGAACCAUUCAGAUGACAGGGUCUCCAAGCACUUCUUAACGUCAUUUCGUGCGUCAUGCAUCAUGCGUGGUUUAUAUUUUUAAUAAUAAUUUGAGGUGAUUCGUUCAUUUACCCUAUCACCUUUGAAUUUUAGUGUAACCUUCACUCUAACAUCCAAAUUAUUUAUUUGUUAUCAUUUGAUUAGUCCUUGUCCUGUCCAUAGCUCAUGAAUUUGUGUUCAAAUAUUAAAUAAAACUUGUUUGUAAAUAGACCUUAAUAGAGUCAUUGACAUAAAGCAUGAAAAGUAUUGCCCCUUUUCACUCCUUCCCUCGCAGUCACGUAUUUCUCUUCUGCAUUCGUCUGUCUCCAGCACUCAAAGUCUGAAACUGAGAAGUAAAAGAAGAAAACAACUACUUUUGUCACAUUUCAUUUUUCUAAAUACAUCUUUAUGCAAGAUUAGUCACCAUUGCCUAAGUUUUUUCAACCAUG